CACCAGCUUCUGCUCAGGGCAGACUGUGGCAGCCCGUGUACCAGCAGGGGACCAUAAUGCGGACCUUGUUAACUUUGUGUGCCCUGUUCGUCUUUUCUGUCCAUGCAGAUGUUGUGGCACGCUUUGAGGAUGUGCCAGAAUGCAUGAAGUACUUCUAUAAAGAGAAGGUGCCAGAGUGGGGGGCUUCUACACCCGAUGCCGCCCGUCUCUGUCAGCGCUUCGUCAACAGAUACCACUUUGCCACACUGUAUGACACCAACCACCGCAUUGCUGUCUACUCUGCCUAUUAUUUCCAGCCCAGCAAUGGAGGUGGCAGGGAGAAGAGGUGGUUUGUGGAGCCUCAGUUGGUAAACUCAUCCUGGCAAGCUGGGAUGAAGGAUGGCUACUGGCUGGGGAAGGACCACCCUGGGGUCUACCUCGGGGAGAAACAGGCUCUGAAUGAAGACUACACACACUCUGGAUUUGACCGUGGUCACCUUAACCCCAAUGGGCACCAUGCAGUCCCUAGCCGCAACGCCACUUUCACCUUGACCAAUGUGGUUCCUCAGAACCCCAAGCUGAACCAGAACGCCUGGAGGAUCCAUGAGUCCCAGCUCACCGACCUUUUCCGGAGCAAGUGCUCUAAAGCCUAUGUGCUGGUCGGUGCCGUUCCAUCUGCAGAUAACUGGAUUAUCAAAAACAAUGUGAAGCGUGUCAACAUUCCAGACUAUAUAUGGAAUGCCUACUGCUGUGUGGACAACAAUGGCAGACCCAUUCAGAGUGGUGCUGCCACAGCCAGGAACACAGAAGACAACUGGGUGGAGAAGCUCUCUCUGGAUGAACUGGGAGAAUUCCUGCAGCAGGUCUCCAAUCAACCAGUAGGGGAGCUGUUUUCCAACAACUGCAGGGCAUGAAGGAUUUACAGAGGGAUGAUGAAAAAAGAACUUUAGGUGCCAGACAUUUAAUUUUAUAUUAGAUUUGAAUAACUACCAAAAGAUAUUUUUGAUAUUAAUAAUACAAUAAAAACAAAUUACGUUUGACACUGUUGUCAACAUGGUGUAUAUUAAUGUAUAUUAAUGUAAAGUG